UGUCAUUCUCCUAAGACACAUUCAAAUUGCAGAAUGAAAUUGGAUUGCGUAAGAAGAAUUUUUUUCCGUAUUUUUAAAAAAUUAGGAAAAACAGUUGGACGACAUCCAUAUUACUUUAUAAUUUUACCGAUAAUUUUGUCAAUUACACUUUCCAUAUUUAUCAGAACAUUAACUACCAGUAAGACAUUUAACGAUAUAAUAACUCCCGAUACAGGAAAACAUUUUACAGUGAAGAAAUUCAUAGAAAAUACAUUCUCGUAUAACUCAUCUCAAUUUUCUGAUCAGCUAAGAACUCCUGAUUUACCAAAUAUUCUGGCAAUAUACCUGUUGAAAAAAGACGAAGGAAACAUGUUUGAAAAAAAUAUACUUUCAGAAGUAAAAUUGUUCGACGAAAUCAUACAUAAUAUAAAAUUAGAAACUGACGGAAAGACAAUACAAUAUACAGAUCUUUGCACACGUAAACACAAAAAAUGCUUUCAAAAUCCUAUUAUCGAAGUGAUAUCAGAAGUGGGAAUUGAUUCCAUACUACAAAAGAGAAAGAAGCUAAAGUAUCCUGUGGAUAUAGAUCUCUUGUCUUUCACUUAUAAAGCUUAUUUUAUUAAUUUAGGGGGUGUUACAGAAGAUCAUAACAACUUCGUAGAAAAAGUAAAUGCCGUUUUUUUAUUUUAUGCAACUGAUGAUAAAAAUGAAGUAAAAAACAAAUUAUUUGCAAAAUGGUCAGCUCAUGUUUAUGACAAAAUUCAAAAAUUUAAUUUCACGUAUAUCAAAGCUGUUCAAAGUUCUGUUCCAAUCUUGGAACAAGAGUUUCGAAAAGAAUUUGAUAGAACGAAACCAAAAAUUGGAGGUUUGGUCGCAAUUAUGAUUGUACUUUCGAUAUUUCUGAAUAUGAGCAAUAGCUGGGUGAAAAGCAAACCUCUUCUUGGAUUAGCAAGUGUGAUUAACGCUGUUCUGGCUGUAUCGUCGUCUUUUGGAUUAAUGGCUGCAUCGGGUGUUGAAUUCACUUACUGGAAUGCUACGAUUCCAUUCUUAGUUCUUGUUACCGAGAUAGAUGAUGCUUUUGUAUUAAUAGCAUGUUGGAGAAUUACUGAUCCCAAACAUUCAGUUGAAAAACGCAUGGAAGUAACAUAUGGAGAAGCAGGAGUUUCCAUUACUUUAACAUCGCUUACUAAUUUCAUUUCGUAUUGCAUUGGAAUGAUGGCUCCUUUUCCUUUUAUUCGAAUAUUCAGUUAUUAUACUGCAACUUGUGUCGUUUUAAAUUUUGUUUAUCAAAUAACGUUUUUUGGAGGAUGCUUGACUAUGAGUGGAUAUAGAGAAGAGCAGAAUCUUCGUUCUAAAAAAUUUGUCAGAUGUGAACAAAAUGAUGAAGAUAACCAGAAUAAUGACGCCAAAGAAGAAGAAUUUACUAUGGCACAUUUUAGAAAUUUAUUAGGAAAGAUAAUUUCCAAUCCAAUAGUAAAGAUAAAAAGCUACAGUAUCGCUCAAAAGUACUUUAGACGUUAUUCGUAUCCAUUUCACAUAAUUAUUAAUGAAACGUUGGAUUACUCAGACAUAAAAGUACAAAAAUCGAUAGAAAAACUGUUGACAAAAUUCGAGAAACAUCCAAAUAUUGCCGGAGAAGAAUUCACUGUGUCUUGGUUGAAAUUCUACAAAGAAUUUCAGAAAAGUCCUGUAGCAAAAUUUUCAUUACAAGGCUACAAUAUGUCAAACAAGCAGGACUUUAUCGAUGGACUUCGGGAUGUGUUCUUUAAAAGAGAUACAUUAAGAGAUUUAUUUAGAAUUGCUGACGAAUUCGACACUCCUGUACUUGUGCAUUGUAUUUUUGCAGGUCUUAUCGAGCAAGGAAUCAUCAUUGGAGAAAUGAUUCAACAAUUGUUUUGGAUAACUGCCAUAUUGAUAGCAGCAGUUUUUUUACUAUUUGUACCGAAUUUACUAGUUGCAAUUACUGUAGCAAUAUCUGUCGUAUCGGCAAUGGUAGAAACAUUAGGCUAUAUGUUGUUUUGGGGAGUCAACUUAGAUAUUAUAUCAAUGAUGAGCCUUAUUCUGUGUGUGGGAUUCAGCUUGAACUAUCCUGCUCAUAUUUCGUACGCAUAUGUCAUGUCACAAUGCGAAACACCAAACGAAAAACUAAAAGAUUGUCUGUAUCGUAUUGGUUUUCCAAUAUUUCAAGGAUCAUUGACCACGGGAAUAGGAAUAUUGAUUUUAUAUUCUGAUGUAUAUUUUCUUUGCACAUUUGCAAAAAUUGUAAUACUAGUUGCUAUGGAAACGGCUUUUCAUGCUUUGCUUUUUAUUCCUGUUAUUCUUUCUAUCAUUUAUGCUAUUUUCAAUUAUUGA